AGAAUGGUUAUAUGGGUAACAGUAGCUGUGAAAUGUCAUUCAUCAGUGUAAUUUGACCUCUGUAAUGGCUGAGGAAAGGUUUGGAUCAGUGGUAUUCCGACAGAACUUCGAUUCUGGAAACUUUGGGUCUGUAGAAAAAAUAGAGAAUAGUAAUGAGGACGAUCUUUUGGAAUUCAAAGUGUGGACGCGACCAGAUUGUGCAGGGUCAUGUUACGAAAAUGGCAACAGAACUUGGUUUCACUUCAGUGUGUCAGGAGUGCCAAGUCACAAAACACUAAAGAUAACAAUGUGUAAUCUGAACAAACAGAGUAAGCUGUACAGCCAGGGUAUGAUGCCAGUAUACAGGGUCGUGCCUGGCAAGAUAAAGUGGGAACGAGUUAGAGAUAGGCCUACUUACGAGAUGAUUGACGGUCAGUUUCACCUCACAUUUCUACACACUGUACUAGAUAGCAAGAUCACGACUUACUUUGCCUUUGUGUAUCCGUUCAGCUACACCGACCUCCAGAAAAAGCUGGAUCUCUUCGAAGCUAGGUUUAUUAACUUGCCUUGGAAUUUACCCUCUUGGAAAAGAACUGAAGAAUUCCCUAAAGAUGCUAUUUACUACCACUCUACAACCUUGUGCCACACACUCAAAAAUCUCAAGGUACAACUACUGACGAUAUCGUCCCCUCAUGGCAUGACUGAUGAAAGGGAGCUCCCACUCCAGCACCUUUUUCCUGACGGUCCAUCAUCCCUCCCUAGACGUUUUAACGGCAAGAAGGUCUACUUCAUCUCAUCCAGAGUACACCCCGGAGAAGUGCCGGCUAGUUUUGUAAUGAACGGUUUCCUAAGUUUCAUCCUGCGACCCAGAGAUCCUCGAGCUGUGUUGUUGAGGCAGCUGUUCGUGUUCAAAGUGGUUCCUAUGUUGAAUCCUGAUGGUGUCAACAGUGGUCAUUACCGAACGGACAGCAGAGGAGUGAAUCUGAACAGGUACUACAUUAACCCCUGUCCUAAACUACAUCCCUCUAUCUACGGAGCUAAAGCUAUCAUAAUGUACCACCACAGAGGAGGGCGAGAUUGUAAGUGUGGAGCUGAUACAAAGUUCAAGAUCUCCCGCCAACCUGCAGAAACUUCCCCUACAAAUCUGGGGGACGGUAGUUCCACUACCACUUCUAGCAGUAGCAGGAGUUCAGGGUGCGCCGCUAAGGGUCCUGAUUUAAAAAGCAUAAUCAGUUGCGAGGGAGAUAAUCAGCGGCUCAAUAAACAAGUUCAGAGCAUUCUUCAGAACCUUAGAAAGGACAUAGAUUGCAGUGAUGAGGAAUUUCAGCUACGAAUGGAGGCACGUGUUUCUGAGAUAUGUUCCAAGAUGGCGCAACUCAACCAACAGUCUCUUGAGAAAACUGACGAAAACGAUAAAAGAAAGAGGGCGAACCCCGUGCAACUACGGACCGCAGUUGUGACAAGCUCUCAGACUGAGUUGACUGAUCCGGAUCAGAAUAUUGAGGUUAGAGCCUGUGUUUGCGGAGUGGCUCCUGAACCCCUACCUGUAAACAAGCAGCUCCUCGUUAACGGGGGUGGCGUUCCAGAGAACAUACACUCAGAAAGUGGUAUUGAAAUGUACGUGGACCUUCAUGGACAUGCUUCAAAACGGGGCUGUUUCAUUUACGGAAAUAAUCUUGUAGAUGAGCGUCAGAUAGAAAAUAUUCUCUAUCCUCGACUUAUAGCGUAUAACUCGGUCCACUUUGACUUCUCGGGCUGCUGCUUUACGGAGAGGAACAUGUACGCAAAAGAUAAAUCAGAUGGGCUCAGCAAGGAGGGCAGUGGACGAGUGGGUAUCUUCAAAAGUACCGGUAUAAUACACUCGUACACACUGGAGUGUAACUACAACAUGGGUCGCCAGUUAAACCAGCUGCCUGCUGCUAGUAAAGAUAACGGUCGAGCUACUCCUCCUGUUACUGCUUCCUUCCCUCCUAAAUAUACUCCCGACAGUUGGGAAGAGGUAGGUAAAGCACUAGCAGUAGGGUUGUUAGAUAUGCACAACGUGAACCCCUGGUCUCGUCUUCUCAACACUGACGUAGUGAAUGUACACGGUCUCAGAGGGCUGAUGUUGAGGACCAGCAAGGGAAACAAUAGUACAGGACCAGGCGUACUCCGGCGACUUGCGUACGCAACCAGUAAAAUAAUGAACAAUAACAGCACCAUCACCGCUGAUAACUCUAAACCACCCCGACCUGGCAACAACAAGGUCCGGCAAAACAAGGGACCUUCUUCCGAGUCCAGACACAAUCUCCGGAGAAUUACUAACGCUAGCAGAACUGAUCUUAGUAAACACGAUCACAAGGAUUCUCUUGAUACAGAAUCAGACAGCUGUAGCAAGUCAGAUAUCACAAACACAGCCAGAGACACAAAGAGACAAGCUGAGAAAGAUAAGCUAAGUGAAAGUGAAACUAACAAGGCUUUCAAGAUGGGUGAAAGUGAAAGCAAACCUGGAGAAUGUACCGAUAGUUCAUCUGGGGGUAAUACUAAACAAGACAAAUCGAAGCGUGACAGGAGCACAUUGCUGCGUCAAACCUCCGCAUCCCUCGCAAAGCGUUCCGAGAAAAGCGUACGCAAACAAACAUCGUACGAGGAUAGCAGCAGGGAACUCAAAGAAACGAACAACUCCACUGAUGGCAUGGAUCUGAAGAACGAGAUAACGGUUCAGUACAGGUCUCUUUACAGCGGGGUGUACAAGUUAGACGUAGAAGAAGAGCCCUACUCCUGUGUCAAGAAGAUCUUCCCCACAACCACUAUAAAGCCAGUUAUACCUCCUACUGAUAAGCAUGCUUCUCUCUGUAACUUUAUAGACCUCUCUGAUAACAAUAAAGGUCCUAUUAGCCUGACGAAGGACCCCAUUGGUGAUGAAAUUCCGGAGGUUGAUCUCACCCAAAGUCGACGGAAGGUGAGUCUGUCCCCCAAGACGGUGUCCUGUGGACAACCUGCCGUCACUAGUCACGUGACACACUCCAAGAUACCGAGGAAAUCAUCAACUACAGGGUAUUACCCCGCUCUAAGACAAGGGAGGUUAACAAGGAAGUCAGUUAAAGGGAAGAACAGAGAGUGGCUAAGAGAGUGGCAUGCAAAUGGUGACAGCAACUCUACAGGGAACUAUUCAGAAGCUAGUGUCACAGAUUCCCUGCCAUCAAAUGAAAGACCGGCUAAAAUAACGUCGUUACGUACCUGCUCUGGAGUUCACUCAGAGAAAGGACCAAUACUCUAAACAUUGCACCAGGCGAAAAGAUCGGGUCAGACAGAUUACUCAAAACCCAUCACGUGACCAAACAGUUUAAAAAGCUUCAAGCUUGGUUUUGUCAUAUUCAGUAUUGCACAUCUCAGUUGGCAAUUGGCAUCAGUGUAUGUGCUUGUUUUCUGUAAUGUGUAUAGUAUAAUUAAAUUGCGUAUACGUUUAUGUAUUAUAUCAGAAUUCUAUAUUUCUAUCGCCAGAAAAAUUCUAUUGUACAUGCUAUCACAUUUUUAAUGAUUCAUGAAUGGAUUAUACAAAUUAUUUAAUAAAUAAUGCCAAUGAUAUAUUCAA